AUGGGAUUCAUAUCUCUGUUAUUACAAAUACGGUUUGUGAAAAUGGCACUAAGCACACAGGGAUCGAAAUUUUUUGUUGGAAUGGGUUGUACAGUUUUGUUUUUGACCGCAGCAACUUUGAUAUGUGGAUUUAUACGAAAUGAAGAUGCGAGUGGAUAUUUUGGACUUGGAGCAGUAACGUGUUCUCUUUACAUGAUUGCACCUGGAGUAUUAUGCAUCAUAACUGGUAUUAAGAAAGCGUCAGCCUUGUUGGGAGCUACUCUUUCUUUGAACGUUAUUGGCACAAUCGGAUGUUUUGCAUGUUUGUAUUUUUCCGCUGGGGAAUGGAAAUCAAUGGACAAUUGCCAUAAUUACUAUUCGUAUUAUUACGACAGGUGUGAUAAUGGCACGGGUCAAUAUGCAGUGGUCGGUAUCAUCACAUUUUCCUCUGCUUCGAUGGGGAUUAUCAGUCUUAUUGGAUCGAUUUUGGGAUGCAUCAGCUCUUGUCCAUGCUGUACUACAAAUCAAAACUACCUUCACGUAAGCAAUGACUAUUCAGAAGCUCUGUCAGCCGUUCAAGUUGAAACAGCUCAUUCACUUCCUGUACUCCCUCCCCACGUUGAACUAACUAAAUCAUGUAUAAAUUUGGAAAUAACGCAAAUGAAAUACUUUGUGCAUCAACUUCAUGUACGAGCUUUAGCAUAAUCUCAUUUGUUUCCUAUAUUUAUGCAUGCUGUUGCAGCUUUAAAAAGUCAUCAGUUGAUUUGAUAACGACACUUUUCUCUAUGAAAAAGUGAUGCAAUUGACAAAAUUCGAAAAUUUGAAUUGUAAGAUUCGUGAACUUGUCGUGCAUUUCAAAAAUUUGAGUGUGUUUAAGCAGUAUUAUAAACUUUUUCUUAAUCAA